AUGGGCGACUAUAGGCAGGUCCGCUCGUCUUCACCCUCAUAUCAACAUCGCGACAGCGACGGACUCGAGCUGCAGGAGCAUGUCGUCCAGGAAGAGGCGCCCGACCCAGGCGGUGAGCAGCACGAACGCCUCUUGUCGGAAGACGACGAGGAGAAACUCAAAGACGAUCAUGACGACGACCAGCCCCGGAAACGACGGAGGAGAUGGUGGCGUCUAGGCUUGUUUGGGCUGAUCGGACUUCUUGUCUUGACAGCUGUGGCCGUCGCGUUGAACCACCUCCAUCUUGAAGAAACAGAGGGCGAGGCAGUCAGCACAUUCCGGCGCCCGUCAUCCGACUACAUUAUCGACCCGGCCUGGGACUACGAUGCGCCCCCAACGGUGCGCGAGUACGACUGGGUCAUCUCCGACGUUACUGCCAACCCGGAUGGAGUCUUCCGGCCGAUGAUGGUGGUAAAUGGGCAGUUUCCGGGCCCCAUGAUUGUGUGCAACGAAGGGGACACCGUCGUCGUCAACGUGGUGAAUGAGGCCAAGAACGCCACUGCCAUACACUGGCACGGCCUCUUCCAAAACGGCACGAAUUGGAACGACGGAACCGUAGGAGUCACGCAAUGCCCCAUCGCACCGGGUCGCUCGUAUCGCUAUGAAUUCGCGGUUGAGGGGCAAUCUGGCUCAUUCUUCUAUCAUGGCCAUCAAGCCGCUCAGAACUUAGACGGCCUGGCUGGACCCCUGAUCGUCCUUUCCAAGAAGGAGAGGGACAACCAACCCAUUGCAUACGACUCGGACCGCGUGGUCAUGGUGCAGGACUGGUACCACGAUCUAUCUGAUGGCCUUUUGAGGGAGACACUCUCUCCUGGAAGCGAGUCAUCGCCAACCCCAAACGGAGCCUUGAUCAACGGAGCGAACAAGGUGGACUGCUCUCUGCACCAGAACCGGCACUGCGACUCUUCAUCAGCAAGUCUACCGUCGUUCGACUUGGCGCCGAACAAGCACCACCGACUUCGAGUGAUCAAUGUCGGCGGAUUUGCCUGGUUCGAAGUCAGCGUUGACAGGCACACAGAUCUUUCUGUCACAGAAGUCGACGGAGUCACCGUCGAGCCUCUGUCCGACUCAACCCUACUCGUCUCACCGGGCCAACGAUAUAGCCUUGUGCUGUCGGCCAACCAGACUGACCCUUCCAAUCUGUACUGGCUCAGGGCACGUAUGAUAAACCAUUGUUUCGCCGAGAAUAUUCUUCCCGACGAUGGUGUCGCCGAGGCGCAAGCCGUUAUCCGAUACAACUCAACAGAGCCCACGACCAAAUCCAUCGGCCAGUCUGUCCUUCCUACCACGGAGGACGAUAGCGGAAAGUUCACCGUCAUAUGCAAGGACAAGGCCCCCAACACAUACAAACCCGUGCCUGCACGCUCUGCACCCGAAUUUGCACACCACUCGUGGUAUUUUCGGGUGAACGUGGAAAUCGGUGACUGGCGGUUGGAGAGGGGCUUUGUGAACCAGAGCACUUUCCGGCCACAGCUGCAGUCUCCCACGCUUCACCGACUGGUCGAGGGUCUGAACAGCGCCAACGAGACGUUUGACGUGGAGGGCGUGAACGGCGAGGCGUUUGAAACCAAGAACGAGCUGGUCGUCAGCUCGGGCGGCGUCGAAGUGGUAGACUUGAUACUCCAGAACUUCGACGAGGGCAACCACCCCUUCCACCUACACGGCGCGCAGAUGUUCAUCCUGGCGGCAGGGCACGGGUACUUCCCGGGAUACCAGGAGCUAGGCCUGCAGGACGAGGGCAAGGGCCUACUCGACCCUGACAAUAACACCAUCGUCGCGAACCCCGUUCGGCGGGACGUCACGACGAUCGAGGCCUUCGGGUGGACCUUGGUCCGUUUCAUCGCCGAUAACCCGGGAGUUUGGCUGUUUCACUGCCACAUGAUCUGGCAUGCCGAGGCGGGCAUGGCGAUGCAAUUCGCAUCUAGACUUGAUCUGAUGAGGAACUGGACGAUACCAGAGGAGAACAUGAAGUUGUGUGAGGCACCUAUAGAUGAGCUUGAGAGGGGCUCGACUCCCAAGGAUAGUAUAUGGUAUGGGCAGUUUGGAGAUGGUCCCUGA